CCACGGUCGCUGUUUCACCCGGUCAAUAGGAAAGUGAACACACUCAGAUGUAAACAAGAGAAAAACAUGGCUUCGCCCUUGAUCAGGUGCUUCUCAAAGGUUGGUAGGCAGGUGUCCCGACCAUGGAGUGUGUGCCAACAUGGGCUGCGGAACAGAUCCACCCAACCAGACAUGUCUGCAGAGCAGGCUGCUGCUCUGGGGGUCACCUACCCUCCACUACAGACAUAUUCUGAGGAGGAGGGGAUGAUGAGGGAUGCUGUGAACAAGUUUGCACAGGAGCGUCUUGCCCCGUUUGUGUCGAAGAUGGACGAAAACUCUCUCAUGGACCCGGAAGUGAUAAAGUCACUCUUUGAACAAGGGCUGAUGGGCAUAGAGAUCGACCCAGAGUACGGAGGCACCGGCUCCACGUUCUUCUCCUCCAUCCUGGUCAUUGAGGAGCUGGCCAAAGUGGACGCCUCCGUGGCCGUGCUGUGUGACAUCCAGAACACCCUCAUCAACACGCUGUUCACCAAGCUGGGGACCGCAGCCCAGAAAGAGCGGUAUCUCAGCCGGCUGUCGACAGACAUGGUUGGUAGUUUCUGCCUGUCAGAAGCAGAGUCGGGGAGCGAUGCCUUCUCUCUGAAGACGCGUGCUGACAAACAUGGAGACUAUUACGUCAUCAACGGUUCCAAGAUGUGGAUCAGCAACGCAGAGCAAGCCGGGGUGUUUCUGGUGAUGGCCAACGUGGACCCGUCUGCU